AUGGCAGCCACAGCGCCAGCGUCAGCGCCAGCCUCGGCGGCGCAGGGAGGCCUGCCGGGCUUCACCAAGAUAUCCAAAGUGGUGUACCUCUACCGCCCAGCCCAGGACGGCCAGCAGCGCCAGGCCCGAAAGUCAUCGGCCUCCUCCUCCCCAUCAUCGCCGAAGCUCAUCGUGCUCGCCGGCUGGAUGGGCGCCCGCGAGCCACACCUCGCAAAGUACACCACCAGGCUGCAGGCCCUGUACCCGGACUCGCCCAUCGUCGUGCUGCGCUCUUUCGUCUACCACUUCACCACCAAGGUGUCUUCACACCCCAAGGAGGUCGCCGCCGCCGUGCCCGUGAUCAAGUCCAUCACGGCCGAGUACGCCGAGGGAGAGGAGGAAGACGGCAAGCCAUCUGUGCUCGUCCACCUCUUCUCAAACGGCGGCUCCGCGGCCCUCCGGCACCUGCGCGAGCAGUACGCCGCCACGGGCCAGCGCCUGCCCCGCCACGUGACGGUUUACGACUCGGCGCCGGGGCGGUUCCAGUGGCAGCGGAGCGUGACGGCCUUCAUGGCCUCCGCCGCGCGGAUGGCCGCGCCGGCCCGGCUGGCGAUGCUCGUCGUCGUCAACUGCCUGUUCGCGCUCUACUGGGCCGCCCAUGUCCCCUGGGGCCGCCCGGGCUACCUGGACCGCACCUGGCUCGCGCAAAAUGACCGCGCGGCCAACGCGGCCGAGGUGCGCAGGGCGUACAUCUACUCCGACGAGGACGCGCUCGUGGACUCUGGUGAUGUUGAGGAGCACGCGGCCUCUGCGAGGCGGAACGGGUUUGUGGUCUCGGCGCUGGAGAAGUUCAAGGGAAGCGCCCACGUUGCGCACGUGCGGGUUGACGAGGCGAGGUAUUGGAGGGUUGUCAAGGACACUUGGGAGAAUAGUUCCUAG